AACAAAACGUACUGGUCCUGUGCCCGGGCCGGCAUGAACAAGUGCAAAGCGCGCGUGCUGACCUACACGCUGAAAAAUGGCGAGGAGAAUCUGGUGGUGCGGUAUCCCACGCACAACCACGGUCCGUUCUAGUACUGCAGCAUGCGGUGCGGUUCGAUUGUGCAUUUAGAUUGUGUGAAAGGAAAUCUGGUGGCUGCGUCGAAUGUUUGUGUAUCCGUCAACAAUGGCCGAGCAGUAGAAAGUUAUUCCAAUGUGCUGCUUGAGUUUGUCCAAACCUCACUGAGUACGAGUUUCAUGCAGCAAUUUCAACCGCAGCCGCUCCUCUCGUCGCCACAGUUUAGCUUUAAAACGUCCCAGCGAAGCGGACGCCAUCUGCUCGUCGUGAAUGGGGUGACCUUUUUCCGAAAUCGACACCGGAACAACAAGCAGUACUGGAAGUGCAACCAGUACUACAAGUGCAAGUGUCCGUGCAUCGUCGUGAUCGACGAAAUCAACUCGCGCAUGAACGUGAAGCACAUCCAUAACCACGAUACGUCCGGAGCCAGCGGUGGUAGUAGAAGAAACAGUCUGCUGCCGCCCAUUCUGGACCCUGGGAGUUCAACCUUGGCGGGAUCUUUUCUGAACGAUAGUCUACUAGUUGGAGGCAAUAGCGCACUGGCUGCUGCGGCCUCGUUCGCCCAAUCCGUGCAAUCUAGGGGGUUUAUGAACAAGAGAUAAUAAAGUAAUUGUGCCAGAUUUAA